AUGCUGCUCUGGAUGCAGGGCUUCGCGCUGGAGGCGGUGGCCUGCCAGGAUGACGAUGACUACUUACGCUAUGGGAUCCUCUUCGAAGACCUGGACCGCAAUGGGGACGGCGUGGUGGACAUCAUUGAGCUCCAGGAGGGGCUGAGAAACUGGGGCUCCGCGUUUGACCCGAACUCCGAGGAGAUAAUUUUUAAGUCUGGAGAUACCAACGAUGAUUUAGGAUUGGACUUUGGAGAAUUUAUGCAGUAUCUUCAAGACCAUGAGAAGAAAAUGAGGCUGGCAUUUAAUAGUCUGGACAAAAAUAAUGAUGAAUAUUUUGGCUGUUGCUGUGGACAAAAUCUAAUUACAUACUCUUAUAAGAGCAUGGAUACUGAUGGGUCAAUGACAGUAGACUGGGAUGAAUGGAAGUACUACUUUUUACUGCAUCCUGCAAAAAAUGUCACUGAAAUUAUUCAUUUUUGGAAGCGUUCUACUUUAAUUGACAUAGGAGAGAGUAUAGCUAUUCCAGAUGAAUUUACCGAACAAGAAAAGCAGUCUGGAGAUUGGUGGAAGCGUUUGGUGUCAGCAGGAAUAGCUAGCGCGGUUGCACGGACAUUCACAGCACCUUUAGACCGCUUGAAAGUCAUGAUGCAGGUUCAUAGUUUAAAGUCAAGGAAAAUGAGAUUGAUUAGUGGCCUUGAGCAGUUGGUAAAAGAAGGAGGAAUUUUUUCCCUUUGGCGAGGAAAUGGUGUAAAUGUUUUAAAAAUUGCACCAGAGACGGCACUCAAGGUUGGGGCCUAUGAACAGUAUAAGAAAUUGCUUAGUUUUGAUGGUGUUCAUUUAGGAAUUCUUGAAAGAUUUAUAUCUGGCUCAUUGGCUGGUGUAACUGCCCAGACCUGUAUUUACCCCAUGGAGGUACUAAAGACCAGACUGGCUAUAGGUAAAACUGGAGAGUAUUCAGGGAUUAUUGAUUGUGGCAAGAAGCUUCUAAAACAAGAAGGUGUCAGAUCCUUUUUCAAAGGUUAUACUCCUAACUUGCUAGGCAUUGUACCUUAUGCAGGCAUAGAUCUUGCUGUUUAUGAGGUUUUGAAGAAUUAUUGGCUAGAAAAUUAUUCGGGAAACUCUGUGAAUCCUGGGAUAAUGAUUUUGGUGGGAUGUAGUACAUUGUCUAAUACUUGCGGUCAGUUAGCCAGUUUCCCUGUGAACCUUAUUAGAACUCACAUGCAGGCUUCAGCCCUAAUGGAAAAAGGAAAAACAACUUCUAUGAUUCGGCUCAUUCAAGAAAUAUAUACCAAAGAAGGAAAAUUGGGAUUUUACAGGGGUUUCACCCCAAACAUCAUAAAAGUGCUUCCUGCAGUAGGCAUUGGCUGUGUGGCCUAUGAAAAAGUGAAGUCACUUUUUGGAUUAACCUAG